AGUAUAACGGUAUAUGUCGACGGCAAUGGAUCACAGGGCGCCAAUCCACUACGGAAGCAACGAUUGAGAGAACUAUUUUUUCUCACACACAAAAAAAAAGUGAUUGCAAUUUGAAAUAAAAGUGCAGCAUUUGACAUUUCGAAUGAGCAAUGCAAGUCGCUAGAUAUCUUAUCUAACACUUACUUGACCCACAUAGACCCAAAGGUGCCGUUAACUAAUGAAAAUUGUCGACAAUAUUGCACGCCCACGCAAAUCUGCUGCGGUCCCCUUUGUGUGCAGAGUGCAAAUUAGGGAGCAACCACCAGCUGCCCGAGAGUUCUAACCGUGUGUGUGUAUGUGAAUGUGAGACAGUGUGUGUGUGCGCUAAAAUCAAUAAACUCUGUCGUCGUCGUCGUUGGCGUCGUUGCUUGUGCGUUGAAAGGGCAAGACAUAUUAACCGGUGGCCAUAUGGUGGCAACUGUUCAUUGUUAGUUAGCCAAAUUGCCACACAAAUAGUUAUAAAAUACGAAUAAAAGGAAUAAAGACAAAUCGAACUAAAGGAAUUGAAAUUGGAAUUGCAAUUGAAGGCAGAGAGACAAGUGCGUGUGACAUAUUGAAGAGUGCAACAUGGCCAUGUCUAUGGCCUGUGCCUUGGCUGCAGCCAUAUUGUGCAGCAUAUUGGGUCACUGCGAAAUGUCCGUUUACCCAGGAUUACGUCGUCGUCCCAUUCAGCAACCGGUGGCCAUAGAUCCUCAAUAUGAACAGGAAUAUGCGUUUCUAGCCCAGAUGAUGGAGCAGCAUGCCCGACGACGGCUCCAGCAGCAAUUUGAUCAGCAAUUGCAUGAGAUCAAUAUGAAAAUGGAUCGUCAGAGGCAACUGUUGGAGCGGGAACGCUAUCGCCAGCGUCAGCAGGAGUUGCAGGUGGAGCGGGAGGCGGAAGAAGAUGAAUAUGGCAAUAAUUUGGAGAAUCAACAGUACGACCAGUACGAUAAUGUGGAGGCGGAAGGCUACUAUGGCAGUCCAAUGGAUGGAAUGCCCGCUCAGGCGCCCAUGCCUCCAAUGCCCCCGAUGCAAUCGAUUUAUCUGCCAACCACACACUCCGAACGAUUAGAUGAUAAUAUCAGACGAAAUAAAGCCCAAAAGGAGCGCAUUCCAUUCGCUGUGGGUCCCAACGAUGCCCGCUUCUUUGACAAUCCCAAUGAUCCUUCGGGUGAACUGGACUCUCGGGCUCUCGAUGAUUACGAGGAGUAUGCUCCCCUAGAGCCAACAGUAGCUUCCGCCACACCGCGCAGCAAAGUGGCCACUCCAGUGUCCGCACCAGUUCCAGUCGAACCGCCAAAACUUUUAGAUGCCUCCAAUGCCAAUUUCCAUCGUAUUAAUCCUCAAACAGCAGCCGCUGCAGCUGUGGCUGGAGCCAGUGCAUCCAAUUCACAUGAAAUCAAUGCACUGAUUGAUAAACUUCAAAAGCAAAGCAAAUCCUCACAUCAUCCGCAACUAACAAUGGCCAAUGGAGUUGCCGGCGGAGAGGCGGCCGAGCAAAUUGUUCUCAGACAACAUCUGGGCAUGAAUAGCGAAAUGGGCGUCUAUAUAGUGGCUUUAAUAGCGGGAGUUAGUGCAGCUGUUACCGUGGGAUUGCUAGCCUUGGGAGUCACCUGGUUUCACAACCGCAGCAAGGCAGCCGCUGACGUAGAUUAUCCUGCUUAUGGUGUAACAGGACCCAAUAAGGAUGUUUCGCCGUCGGGCGAUCGCAAGUUGGCCCAAAGUGCACAAAUGUAUCAUUAUCAGCAUCAGAAGCAACAGAUUAUAGCCAUGGAGAAUUGUCAGGCGACCGAUGGCAGUUGCGGUCUUUCGGAUGUGGAGAGCGACGAUGACAAUGAAGAGGGCGAUUACACGGUGUACGAGUGUCCCGGCUUGGCUCCCACUGGUGAAAUGGAGGUAAAGAAUCCACUCUUCCUGGACGAAACGCCAGCCACGCCGGCUAACAAUUUGGCAACCAAUUCGUCGUCGAACGGCCCAUCGAAUGGAACAUCGGGAACGAAUAACAAUAUUACUCAGGCCACGCCCCAGCAACCGGCUACGGUUAAGAAGGGUUCGAUCAAACCGAAUAUGAAUCUAUUGAAUGCCGCCGCCUCGGCGGUGGCCAAAGAGGAGCAAAAGAAGCGCAAGAGUAAGAAGUAAAUCUCCAAAAGGUGUUACACUUUUUUUUUCUUAGAACCAUUGUCAGCCAAUUUGGAAAAGAACAAACUAUAUAGACAUUUCAAAAGCCGGACGGAUGUAUGUAUUCCUAACAAAGAAACAAACAAAAAAAAAAAGAAACAAAAAGAUUACAGUAGAUGAGUCCAUGGAAUUUAAUUCCUGUAAAAGACAAGGACGAACAAGGACACUAACAUACACAAAACACAUACAAACACACAGACUUACAUAACAGACACGCAACUGAAAAACUGUCUCUAAUCUUCCUCUAAUGCAUAAGAAUUCUCCUUAUCACACAUAUGAUACACAUAGUUAUGUAUAUUGUAUCGUAAUCGUAUCGCUAUGAUGUAAGAUGUGCACGUCCUCCCCCCCCUAACCUACCCCUCUAUCCGUACCCCUACUCUACCCCUCCUCAAUCACACCCUCCAGAAGACCCCAAGCUGUGCUGUCAAUCUGUCCAUCAAAAACAGAUGCAGGUGGCUUGUGGCUUUGGCUAUUAUACUUAUAAUAUAUGCAUAUAUGUAUUAUAUUAUGAAGAUAUUUAUAAAAAUGAUUCUAUUUACAAUCCAAGAUGUGUACUUAUUAUUGUAUUUUGUAAUUUAAAACAAAUUUAUAUCAAACAAAAAACAAAAACAAAAAUUGAGAAAACUUUCAACUUUUUUGGUGUCUGCAACAAGAAUCAAUUUAUGGGUAAAUAUUUUAAAGUCUGCAAAAACAAAAAAAAAGAAAACUAACAAGAACAACAAACUA